AUGCACACGCCCAUCCUCGCCCCCACUCCCUUCCAAACCUCCCGACUCGUCUACCGCGCAGUCGACUGGGACAAGGACGAGGCGUUCUUCGCCGAAGCCUUUGGGCACGAGGCGACGCAGAUGGGCACGAUGGGAGGCAUGACGAGGCCGUUGAGUCAGAAAGCGCUCGAGGGGACGAAGGAGUUCACGGAGAAGGCGUUACUUGGGAUCAUCUUUUGCCUCCCCCGCUCACCCGAAGAACCAACUCAAGCAGGCGAAGCAGUCGGCUGGGUUAACCUCUCGAUGGAAGAGAUGGAUCGUCGAAACCAGCAUCGUUGCGCGCACUUUGGGUUGACGGUGCAUCCGAAGCAUCAGGGAAAGGGCUAUGGAACGGAGGCGAUGGAGUGGAUGUUGGAGAGGGCGUUUGUUGGAUUUGGGUUGAAUAGGGUGCAGGGAAACGUCUUUGCCUGGAACAAGCCUGCCUUCCGAGUCUACGAGAAAGUUGGUUUCGUCGUGGAAGGGCGCCGACGGAAAGCGCUGUGGACGCAGGGUGCCUGGCGGGACGACAUCCUUAUCGCCAUACUUGCGGAGGACUGGUUCGCACGGCAUCCGGAGAAGAAGCCGCAGCUGGUGGACGAGGUGUAG